AUGGGGCUGGUAGAGCAUCAGGUGGCUGCCUUCCUCCUUUUCCUCCUCACGGGUGUGGGCACUGGCCAAAGAGUGGUGACUAUCCAAAAGGGGCCACUUUACCGUGUACUUGGCUCCCAUGUGACAUUGUGGUGCAAAGUGAGAGGCUACCAGGGCCCAGCAGAGCAGACCUUCCAGUGGUCCACCUACCCGCACACUGCUCCAGAGCGGGAGGUGCAGAUCGUCAGCACCGCCGACCCCUCCUUCCCCUACGCCAUCUACACCCAGCGGGUGCGCGCCCAGGAGAUCUACGUGGAGCGGGUGCAGGGGGACGCGGUGCUGCUGCACAUCACGGAGCUGCAGGACCGAGAUGCUGGGGAGUACGAGUGCCACACGCCCAACACCGACGAGAGGUACUUUGGGAGCUACAGUGCCAAGACAAACCUGACAGUGAUUGCAGAUACCCUCUCAGUUUCCAUGGGACCCAAGAACCUCACCCAUGCUGAGGGAGAUGCCAUGGAGCUCACCUGCCUGGUGUCCAGGUCCACUGCCCAGCACACACACCUCUCUGUUGGCUGGUACUGCCUCCGGGGAGAGCACCGGGCUGAGAUCCUCACCCUCUCCAAGGACUUUGUCGUGAUGCCAGGACCUGCUUAUGCACAGAGGUUUUUGGCAGGGAAUGUGCGGUUGGACAAGGUUGGGAGCACCUCGUACAAACUCUCCAUUGUGGCGGUGGAGCCUUCUGACCAGGGGCAGCUGUACUGUGAGGCAGCUGAGUGGAUCGAGGAUCCUGAUGGGACGUGGAAGGACAUUUCCCGCAAACAGUCAGAGAGGACAUCGCUGGUGGUCACUCCCCAGGACCAAGAUCUCUAUGUGAAUAUCGCUGCCACCAAGAACAACCUUUCUGAAGGGGACACCCUGUGGCUCAGUUGCACGCUGGAAGCCCAGAGGAGUGACAGCAGACACUUAGAGGUGGCUUGGGUUCUCAACAGCACAGAAGUGGCCAGGAUUGACCCCCAUGGGUUGCUGAUUUGGAAAAAGGAAUAUGAGGAAAGAGCCAGCUUGGGGCAGCUCCAUGCAUUCAAACAAAGCAAUGCAAUUUACAUUCUCACUAUCCGUGAGGUGGGGCUGGAGGACAGCGGGGCCUACCACUGCUCUGUUUUGGAGGUGAAGGCUCCUGGGAGUCUCCAGAGCAUCCAAACCAACCUGUCAUCAGUUCUCAGAAUCAGUGUGAAGCCUAUUGGUCUUGGACUACGUGCCACACUGAGAAGCCGAACAGCCACCGUUAGUUACGCACAGAGCUUUGAGCUUAUCUGCCAUGUGAGCGCCAGCUGCCCAGUUGAGGAGUUGCUGCUGUCCGUGGGGUGGCUCUUCCAGCCCAAACCACCCACAGAUGGCUACCAAGAGCUAGUGCGUGUCCUUCCUGAUGGCACCGUGUCCUGGGGACCAGCACAGCCCCGCUUCCAGGGCAGAGCUCAGCUGAUGAAGGCAGGUGCCUUCUCCCGGCUGCACAUCCACAGUGCGAUGGCUGGCCAUGCAGGAACGUACCAGUGUGAAGUGGGAGUCUGGAGGACGCUUCAGGGGCAGCGUGCUGUCUCCUUCAUCUCCAACCCUGUGGGGAUAAAGGUCGUCCCACCAGAAAGCCUGCUGCAGGUGGCUACAAGGGAGACCUCCGUGGAGGUGGCUGGCGGUGCUGAUGCAAGCAUCGAGUGCAGAAUGGAGUUCCCCCUGAACAACUCUCAGCUGGCUAUCAGCUGGUACUACAUACCUCCUCCUCCAGCAGAUGCCACCCCCAUGCAGAUCGUACGGGCCAGCCACACUGGCCUGCUAGAGUAUGGGGCUGGGUUCAGCUCCCCAACGCAGAAGUCCCGGUUCCUAAGCCAAAGAGUGUCCAGCCAUGUGUUCCAGCUGCGGAUUCUCUCGGCCAGCCCUGGGGACCAGGGCCAGUACUGCUGUGCGGUGGAGGAAUGGCGCUGGCUGGAGGGUGGCUGGUACGGCCUUGGAGAGCGGUGGUCGGGGAGAACCAGGCUGCUGCUCCAGCUGCCAGAGAGUGAGCUGCAUCUGGAGAAGGCCAACAGCAGCAUCUUGGCCAGGCACGGCCAGGAGGUGACACUGGGCUGCCUGCUGAAAAGCACGCUCCUGCCUGCCGCCCGCCUCUCGGCCACCUGGUUUCAUGGGAAGGAAGAUGGCCACGAGAGGCCCCUGCUCACCCUGAACCACGAUGGUGCCAUUGAGUUCCUGCAGGAGGGGCAGGUGGGGAGGCUGCAGCUGCGGCGGCCCACUGCUGGUGAUCUGAGCCUGACACUGGGCAGCGUGCAAGAGGACGAUGCCGGGACGUAUCACUGCCGGGUGGAGGAAUGGCAGCAGAGAGGCAACAAGGAUAAGUGGGAGCUGCAGACCUGGGCGCUCUCAGGGUACACCCAGCUCACCACCACCCCACCAGAGGUAACAGUUGCGUCUAGGAUCUGUUCAUCUCCAUCGUUGCUGAACUUUAUCCUAUGCUUACCUCUGGUUCUGGUCCUUCUUCUGGCCCUUGCUGGCUUCUGCUGGUGCUUCAUCUCCAGGAAAAGAAAAAAGGGCACCAUAAGAGGAAACCAGCUGAUGGAACUGCAAGGGGCUGAGGAGAUCAAGCAAACUUAGCUGGCCUGUAAUGGGAGGUGUAACUUGAAGAAAAGGAACUGGACUUUUGAGAGGACCAAGUACUUGAAGAGGGGUGGCUUGUUGUUUUGCUGUAGCUUUUGCAAUGAAUACUUGAAAAUGUUUGUUUACUUUCAGUGAAACAAAACAGCUCUGAGUUACUGAGCAGAUAAGGUUUUCAAAAUGGAUGUUCCUCUCUCUUAGAUUUGGAACCCACUCACAUGUUCACUGUUGUGGCUGCUUGUGGUGUUUGAGGUGCUUGUGGUAUGAAUGUCCACUGCUG